AUGGACCACAGUGACGGGGUCAUCCAAGCUAGCACCGUGGUGCCUCAGGAACUGCUAGAAGAAAUGCUUUGGUUUUUUCGGGUAGAAGAUGCGUCUCCUUGGAAUUAUUCCAUGUUUGCCCUGGUGGGUGUGGUGGUCGUGAUAAGCAUCAUCCUCCUGAGCAGGAGCAUCCAGGCAAACAGGAAAAACAAACCGGAAAUACAAACUACAGAACUCCAAGACUUGGCUGAGGCCGGAGCCAGAGAGGACAACAACGUGAACAUGCUAAGAGAGACUUUGCUCUCAGAAAAGCAAAAUUCAGCCCAGGUGGAAAUUGAGUUAAAAGAAAGAGAGAUGCCAUGGGUUCUCCUUCCAGACCCACAAGAAUCGGAGAGCUAGUAGGGGUCCAGAGCACUGCCCCAUGUUGUCAGCAGAUAAAGUGAAUGAACUGCAAUCAAGUUAAUAUUCUGUUAUAUAAAAAAAAAAACCCUCCCUUUUUAUUAAAAUGCUUCUGAAGUAGGCAUUUGGAAAUGCAGAAUUUGUUCAAAUGGAGGUGGUUCAACACAAGCAGCAUGGAACAAAAUCGUGAAAUCCAUAGCCAGCCAGUGGGUCAGGAAGCUGGGCUACGACUCCUCACUUGGUCUUGAGGAGUUCACAGCUUCUUUCUGACCUCAGCCUCUCCAUCCACAUAAUGGGGCUUAAGGCUGGGUUAGAG